GGGAGGAUCUGAUUUGGCUACUUACUCGCACUGGUUAGCGAAUCGCACUCCAAUGACAUAACGGUCGGAAGGCCAAAAACCAACCAGCCCAGAGAAGGGAGUCGGUCAAGGGGAACUACGAAACCAAACCGACGGCGCAUCAGAGAGGCCUGGCGGACGUGGACUCUCAGAGCUCGACGACCAUCUCCUGUAAUGAGUUCUGACGAUCGAUGAAAUCUAGGAAGCUGUGGCCAUGAGGGCAAGCAAGCCCUGGCCCGAGCGACUGUCGAGCUUCUGAGAACAUGCCCCAACUUCACUUGGCGUUCGGUUCUCGCCGGGCAGAAGAAGCCAGAGUGGACUCGAAUGGAGGAGGAGGAGGAUCAGAUCCUGUAGGCCCGGACUGCUCUUGCUUUCAUGAGCUCUCCUCUGCUCUGCUACGUUUUCCUUUCUCAUUCGAAACAUGCUGAUCGAUCGGAGCAGGAGCAGGUCCCGGUAGCACUCGUAGAAUUCCGUGGAGACCCAGCGACCGAUCGAUCAGUCGAAGAGCAUGUUCAUGCAUGAUACUGUCGCAACGGAGGACGCUGUCCAGAUGAAGGCGAAUGGGUGCACGUACACCCCUUCCCACCCCACCAUUCAGUGACACCCGAAGUUCUCAGAAUUCCUCCGCCCGCUGCUGCUACUGCUGGCCAAAUUCUCCCUGCAUGGAUGGCAACUCACGUCUCUGGACAAGAAUCGAAUAUGUGAGAGCGACGAGCUCAUGGCGAUGUCGACGACGGGCAACGAGUACGUGGUUUUGGCUUCGACUUAUGGAAUGAGCUCGGAGCCUUGAGCCUUGAGCCUCGGCCCUUGGGCUACUCCCUCUGUCUCCCUCUGACAGUGGUCCCUACAUUUGCGCAGAACAGCUUCGAUUGCACUCUUACGGGGUGGAAUGCAGAACUGAAUACGAGCUGUUUAUGUCCAGAGAGAUUGGCUGCUAUGCGAAGAUGCACUCUAGCAGUUGCUGUGUAGCAGAAAGAUGACGAGCAUGUGAGGAGGAGAGGAGAAAGAUUCGACAUAGAAGCAGGAGGAGGAGCAGCAGCAGCAGCAGCAGCAGCAGCGGAGGAUGGAGGAGAACGUCAGGAGCCUCGUCGUCGGCAAGAAUGAGGAGGACGAGGAGGAGGAGGAGGAGGAGGAGGAGAAGAAGAAGAAGAAGAAGAAGAGGGACGUGGUGAACGAGAACUGUCUCGAAGGAAAACAGGCGACGGCGACCAUUGCUGCGGUACUGCCAUGCGGUACGAAGGUCAAGUCGGAGCCUCCGGAGGACGAUUGUCGCGAACGAGGUUUACCUCGAGUGGCAGUCGAUGGAGCGGAGGGGAGGGCUGCGGAAGCGGAGGACGUGAAAAUCAAGCCUCCAGGUCCAGAGGAUCGGGUCUCGAGCAAGGUUCAGGAUGCGAUUCCUCCCUGCGUCGACGGCGUCGGCAGCAGCAGCAACAACAUCGACAGCUCCAUCAACGUCGUCCACAAAGAGGAGCUCGAGAACAUCGAGCUGAACAGCUUGGGCGAGUCUUCGCUCGCCAAGCUCAAGAGGAGGAUCCGCCUCCGGUUACUGGCAGAAGAAGCCCGGAACUCCAUCGCCAGAAAGGCCGAGCUCGCCGCCGUGGAGGACGCGAUUUCCAUCCCGAGCUCGAGAAUUACCACGCGAACUCGCUCGUCCGAGCUCUCCUCCCGAGCGCCCAACAACAACUAUCCGCACGAUGAGAAACCGGUGAUCGCCCCCGCACCCGCACCCGCACUUCCAUUAAAAUCACGAAAUCGCAUCGUCAACCUCUCCAGCGAGUCCGAAGAUGAAAAUCCCAUCCCACGCAAAACCGAAUCAGAGCCUUCUCAGCUCGUCGUCGAGAAAGAUCAUCCCCCAGCAGCAGCAUCGGCAGAAAACUCCUACUUCGAAGCACUGCAGAGGCUGUUGGGGCCGCUGCUUUCUGCGGUCGGUCCGACGGACUCGUCGACCUCGAUGUCAGCAGCCGAGGCAGCUGCUGCACGCAAGCCCGGUCGACCUGCCAGGAGAUCUCCUCGAGGUUCCAAGGCAACGGAGUCCGUGUCGUCGCUGGUGAACAUUCUGAAGAAGAGAUCAGCAGCAGCAGCAGCAGCAGCAGCUGGAGACGAGGGGCGUCCGAAGAGGAGCAACCGCAGGUCGAAGCCGAGGGAGAGGGAGAGGGAGAGGAGAGAGGCCAGCGGGACGCAGGACUCGGCUCUCGAGUACGAGCAGGAACGCGCGGACAACAUUCGGCGGAACAAGGAGUUCCUGGCGCAGCUGGGGCUGUCGUCGACGCUGCACAGCAUGAGCGCCAAGAGGAAGAGCAAACGGGGCCGGCUCGCAGGGUCCAAGAGCCAGGCUGCUGCCGCCGCCGCAGCUGCCGAAGAGCUGUACGAGAACUCCAAACAUCACAAUGUCGAGGAGAUAAUGCUGCAGCUCUGCGCUCUGAGAGCUGCUGCUGCUGCCGCUCAAGCUCAAGCCCAAGCCCAAUCCCAAGCUCUGGGAACCAAAAGGCCCCGACUCUUCGACCCCAGUGACAACGAAGGCGAUGAAGAUGACGAUGAGUACGUCGAGGACGACGACGAUGAAGAUGAAGAUGAAGAUGGAGAAGAAGAAGAAGAAGAAGACGAAGAAGAUGAAGAAGGCCAUGGAGAAGGAGAUGGAGAUGGAGAAUCUGAGACAGCUGCAGUGCACGCGAGUGCAGGUAGAAGACCGAAGAAAAAUCCGCAGUCGAGGAAACGAACAUCGAGGGACAGAAAUCUUCGGAACGAGAAGCAGAAGAAGCAGAAGAAUUCGAAAAGCAAGAAGAGCACGAAGAGCUCGUCCAAGGCGACGUCAAGCAGCAGCGAGAUGUCGAGAGGAGGUUUGAAGAGCAGUAAAGACACGACGACGAUCGCUGUCGGCAAGAGUAAUAAUCCUCGAGCCGGAAGGCGCACAACGAUUCCGUCUGCUGUUCUGCACGGCUUGACCUCGAGCAACCAGGAGCUGAUCAGAUUCGUGUCGGAACUCAUGUCCUCGGCUUCCCACUUCCUACCUCCUACAUUGCUCGACACCAAUGCCUCCCCCGCCGCUGCUGCUGCUGCUGCUGCUGGCCACGAUGAUUCAGUCCGAUCGGCCCGACGAGACGACGAUUCGGAUCGGGAAAACUACAACACAUCGCACGACGACGAUGACGACGACGACGACGACGACGAUAGCCCUCGGGGAUUGGGAGGGGACUCGGGCAGGAAGCGCAAAGACACAUGGCUCACCAUGAUUCCGUUCGAGACUCCCAAGACAGAGUACGAGCUGGAGAGGGACGAGAUUCUUCGGCGGCACAAGCAUCAAUUCGAGCGCCUGGGAAUCGUGUCCGAGCUGAUCGAGGAGCCUCAGCCGCCUCGCGCCAUCAGGCCUUACUGCAGGCGCUGGGCAUCCGAGCCCGACCCGGCGUACCAGAGGAACACGAGGUUCCAGGACCGCCAGCGGAGGACGUCGAUGCAGCCCGACCGCGACGCAACAUCAGCAGCAGCAGCAGCGAUGGACACCCGAGCCCCGAUCGAGGCGUACAGCACCUCGAGCGCUCCGUCCUCGGUCGCCAAAUUCACCGGCGGCUGCAAACUCCAGACCAGCCAUGGCGCCUCGGGCGAGACGGCCAAACUGGAGGCCACCGACACGGAGGUCUCGGGAUUCCAGCCUCUGGACGGAACGUGGCUCGACCCCGAUCUCAAUCGCAUCUACACCAUGGACCUCGCUCCCAUCUGCGCCUCGUCGCCGAAGACGGGCCUGCUCGCCGCCGGUGGCAGCCAGGGCCGACUCGCAGUCUUCGCAGUGUCGGAUGCCGACUCCGAGUCUGCGUCCAGAGCGCCUCUGCUCUCGUGGGCCGUCGACAGCAGCUGGGUCUCGCAAGUGGUCUUCGUGUCGAACCAAUUCCAGGAGCACGGAACUCUUCUGCUGUCGAGCUCGAACGACGGCCGCGUCGUCCUGUGGGACAUCAACAAGCAGCGCGUCCGAAUCGGAGCUCGUGGAUUCGGGGCCCUCGCUCGCGAGGCCAUUCCCGUGGUGGUCUGCGAGAGCUCCGAGCUCCACAGCGGUGGCAUUUUCGGCAUGCAUGAAUUCCGAGGCUCCAUUGCCACUUCCAGCGACGGCUGCGUCGCCAUCUCCAUUCUCCGCGAGACGGGCAUCACGGUGGACAGGUUCAUAGCUGGUCACCAUGCUGGAGUCAUACGAAGUGUCAGAUUCAGAGAGCAGAACGUGCUGGCCGACUGCGGAGUCGAUACGGUCAUAGGCAUUCUGGAUUUGCGAGCUGCGGAUCCGUGCACGCUGAGGAUUCAGACCACGCACAAAACGGGGAUAAGCAUGGUCGAGUGGAGCCCCGUGAGCGUGGACUCGAAUCUGGUGCUAUCGGCGAGCAACGAUCCGCAGCUGUACGUGCACGACAUUCGCUAUGGCGCCAAGGCCAUGCUGCAGCUGGAAGGCCAUGUGCACCCGCGACGAGUCAAGUGCUAUAGCAUCUACCGACCGACGUUCGUGGCCGGAGGCGAUGCCAUCGUCACUCCGGGCGAAGGCACACACCAGCUCUCUCUCUACUCCGUCACCACGGGCUCUGCCGUCAAGAAGCUUCACGUCGGCUACGAUCCCAACAUCUUGCUCUGGAGUAGCGCCAUUCCGUCCCAAGGCGGCGUGUGGGCUGGCAGUCGAGGCAUCACCAAGUUUCAAGCCCUGUGGCAGCAGCGCCCUUCCUGCCAAGUCCAAUCAUGAUUGUCAACGACGGUGUCGACAACCGUGACGCAUGGUUUCCUUCUUGCCUCAUAGCUGCACUCCAGAACCUGACUAUCUCUCUCUGUCUCUCACUCUCUCUGUAACUUAUGCUCGUCCGAGAAAUGUCAUGUCAUGUCACGGCUAAUCCUCGCAGCCUCGGCAAAUCUCUUGAGCUGCUGGACGUGUAGCAAUAGAAUGAGCAGAAAAUAAGCUCAGCAGGACAGGUUUCCAGCAAUUUAGCCGACUGGUUUCGUUUCACCGGGAAUGAGCUCCUCCUCGACGAUUGCAGUGUCGGGAAACUUCGAGCCAACAAUCAAAGCCCGUUCUUACGGGGGACAGUGUAUGGAGCGAUAUGAUCAAUUCAUGUCUUUGAACCAGUUGAUAGUUUCAGAGUUUAUAGUCCGCUCUCCCUGGUGUGUGUGUUCAUUACGUUCACAUCCAUGGACAGAUUACCACAGCAAGGUGAUUUAUCUCGCCGAGGUCAGGGGCUGAGGAUGUCCGUCCUCAGGUGUAGUUGCCACCAGGUCUUGCCUUCCUUGCGCCCUACAGGGGCAUGGAAGUGUCAGAAAGGUGAAAAGGAGGUGCUUGCCUCUACUGCCAUCGUUGCUGUUCGGUCUGCCUCCACUUUAUCCAACAAGUCCUGACGACGGAUCGAACAGAUGUCUGUGAAGGUCAAGCCUGAAGACCUCGAUA